CAUCCCAUGACUCACAUAUAUGUAUGUACACACUGGAGCGCUCCAUGCUCAGAUCAAUUACGAUCGAUCGAGGAACCCGGGCACAGUAUGGCCAAGAGGAGGGCGAAGAAGGCAGCGGCGGCGGCGGAGGGCGUCGUGGAGAAGGAAGGGGGCAAGGCGCCGCCGGUGAAGGAUGCGCCGGCGAACGGGGUGGUGGUAAGCGUGCCAGUCCACUGCGAUGGCUGCGCCAGGAAGCUUCGCCGGUCUCUGCUGCGCCUCGAGGGGGUUGAUGAGGUGAUCGUGGAUCACUCGACCGACACCGUCGUGGUAACUGGCCAGAGAGCGCUGGAGAACCCGAUCAUGGUGGUCGACGCGGUCAAGAGGAGGACCGGGAAGAAGGCGCUGCUGCUGAGCCCAUCGCCGGAGAAGCUGCCACCGCCGGUGAAAAGCGAGGAUACCAAGAAACAGGGUGCAGGGGCGCCAGACAUGAAAAACGACGUAGCGGAGCUCGACAUGGAAAUGGUUGUGGUGCUCAAGAUCGAAUUGCACUGUGAAGAUUGCAGUGAGGAGAUGAAGAGGAGGAUACUCAAGAUAAAAGGAGUGGAGGAGGCCGUGCCGCACAUUAAAUCUUCACAGCUGAUGGUGAAAGGGAUGGUCGAGCCGGCAACCCUAGUAGGAUUCAUCCACAAGUGCACGGGGAGGAAAGCGGCCAUUAUCAGAGCCGAGCCACUGCAUGAGGAUACGCCGGCGGCAGCCAUGGAUGAGGCUACGCCAGCGGAUGCCGGCGCCAAGAACCAAGAAUCAUCCAAUAUUCUGGAAAACAAAAAUGAAGGGGUGGAAGAAGAGACCAAACAAGCGGUGAACGGGGCAGGAGGAGAAGAGGCUGAAACGGAGAAGCCAACCAAAGGGGGUGGAGAUGGGGUUGAGAAGGAGACGGUUAUAGAGGAAAACCAAACGAAGGAUCACCUAUUCAAACUGCAUGUGCCGGCGUCAGUUGCUGUGGUGGCGCCGGAGGCGGAGAAGAUGAUGGCCAUGAACGGCCUCUGCCAGUACAACUACCACCCAGCGGCCUACGCUUAUGCGUACCCGCACUAUGCUUACCAGCAAUACCACCAAUACCCAUAUGCUGGCAAUCCUGCAACGUAUGUGCCGUAUCCGCAGCAUUAUCCGCCACAGACUUUCAGCGAACAGAGCCCAGAAGCAUGCACCAUCAUGUGAUGUAAUGAGCCGUGUGUACGUCGCUUCCAUGGUACUAUAAGCCAUCGUACAUGGAAUAAAAAAUCACGUCAUGUAGUGAACUGUGUGUACCUUCCAUGUUACAAGUCCUCUUAUAUGGAAUAAAACAUCUGGUUACUGCAAUGUAUAAACAAUAAUACAUACUGUAUCCUUUCGAAGAAAGGCAAAAGGUUUACGAAUGUCAUAUUUUA